AUGACAGAGUCUUUAUUCCAGCAUGAAGUGGGACCAGCUAUUCAAGCUGCUAUUGAGCAACAAAAGUUUCUUUUGAUAUAUUCUACCACGGAUGGUGAGGAUAAAUGGGGAGACGAGCUUAUCCUGAAUAACCCGAAGUUUCCAGAUCUAGUCAAGGGGAAAGCUAUAACAUUCAAAUUGGUACAGGGUUCUCGGGAUUUUGACAAUUUUAAGCAAGUGUUUCCAGGAGUUACUGUUCCAAGCGUAAUAGUGAUAAACGCUGGUCAAGUUGUUGAUUUACUGCAGGGACCUCUAACGCGAGACGAAUUUAACAAUAGGAUAACCAAGAUACUUAGCACACAGGUAAAGACUAGUUCCAAUCCCCUGCCGAAAAAAGAAAAAGAGUCUAAGUCAUCUCUUAGAAAAGACUCGAGGUACUUGGCUGCCGAAAUUUACAAGAAAGAGCAACGGAAACGACAGCAACAGGAAAAAGAAGAACGAGAGCGUAUAUUGGAAUUGGUUCGUCUGGAUCAACGCGAGCGAAAGAGAAGGCAAUCUUCCAGCUCCAACGAUAAGGAUAUAGUAUCUGAACCAUUGGUGGAGAAUGUUCAUAGUACUCAUGACAAUGAUGAGAUGUAUAUUAUUCAGCUAAGGCUAUUUGAUGGUACCGCAAUUAGACAUGCGUUCAAUAGUCGGGACACUUUGGAGAAUGUCCGUCAUUUUAUCACAGAAUCUUAUCCAGAAUAUCAGCAAAAAACUUACUACUUUUACAAACCAUUGCAAAGAAUUACUUUCUCCGACACAGAUGAAUUCAAAUCUCUAUUUGAUUUGAAAUUGAAUAGAGCUUCACUGAUCCUCAAACCACGGGAAUUUUAUGGUACAGGCAACAAUACAAAUUCAAGCUUCACUCCAGCUGGUUCGAGUAUAUUCGGCCGUAUUCAAGGAUUCAUUGGAUCCGUAAUGGGGCAUAAUCAAACCACAGCUUCGUCAACUCAAGAGUCAACAAAGGAAGAGUCUUCAGAAGAUCAUGUUGAAGACGAGGAGUUUAUGUCAUGUAACGGAUCGAUGAAAUCGCCACAGCAUAGUCCACUUCUCAGAUCAGAGGGAAAUGCACCCUUUUUGUCACAUGCCAAUCAAUCAAGUUUGAACCUCAAUUCAUCAGCGUCAAAUUUCAGUGUCACAGAACCCCAUAGAACUGAAGAAGCGUUAUCCAGACCCGAAUCUCGUAAUUCCAACAGUAUAUUGAGCAGUCGCAUAAAUAGCAGUACGCGUAUUAGGACUUUGAAUCAUCAAGGUGAAGAUCCUGAUAAGAGACAAGUUUUCAAUGGAAACAAUUUGGACUUGGUCGAUGAUAAAAAUAAAUAA